AUGACAGACCCAGUGAGGAUGAUGAGGAUGAUGCUGCUGGCUCUAGUCUUCAUCCUGAGUGUCACUAUGCCCUGUCUCUCUGUCUACAACAGUGGGGAGUGCUACUUCGAUACCAAAGGUCUGUGUGUAUGUGUGUGUGUGUGUGUGGGUGUGUGUACCUGUGUGUGUGCGUGCGUGUGUGUGUGUGUGAGUUUAUUAACCAUGUGUGUGUAUGUGUCUUAUAGGAAGCUGUGAGUACAUGGGCCAAGUGUAUGGAAUAGGAGAGAGUUGGAUGACCAAGGACUGUUACCAGUGUGUCUGUAUGGAGCCAUUUGGAGUGGGCUGCUGUGAUCAGUAAGUGUGACCAUCACACUGUAGCCUUUUACGUCACAAUACAUACCUCGGCAUAGACACUGUUUGAUUGUAUUGAGCGUUGAUAGAACAAAGUGUGUUAUUGAUCUCUUUACCUUCCUCACAGUGGAUCUCAACCCGUGGACUACCCUGAUUGGUGUGAUGUGAUCCGCAAGCCAGACUCCUGCAACACCAUCGCUGUGAUGAAAGACAAUCACAAGCUGCCUUGUCUGUGGGGACGGGGUCGUCUGAGGCCAGGGGCGCGGCAGCCAUGGAAAUCUGACAGCGGCCCUUUAUUUUGA